AUGGGUUCGUCAUCCGAAGAAGUGAAGAAGAUUUAUUUCAUCACAUCGAAUAAAAAGAAACUUGAUGAAGUCAAUGAUUUACUUGGGAGCCAUCCGAAGUUUGAAUUAAUUGCUAAAGAUAUCGAUCUUGAUGAAUAUCAAGGUGAACCGGAAAAGAUUUCAGUGAAAAAAUGUAAAGCAGCACAAAAGAUGGUCGAUGGACCUGUUUUAAUUGAAGAUGUUUCAUUGUGUUUUACAGCAUUGAAAGAUUUACCUGGUCCGUACAUAAAAUGGUUUGUUGAGGAUUUAAAAUUAGAAGGUCUUUCAAAAAUCCUCACUGCUUAUGAAGAUAAACGCGCAACUGCAAAAGUUAUUUUUGCUUACGGUGAACGCGAUAAACACGGCGAACCAACAGAGCCAAAAUUAUUCACUGGUACAGCUGAAGGUACGAUAGUUAUGCCUCGACCUGGAAGUUACGCGAAAGAUGAUGGUUGGGAUCCAGUUUUUCAACCGAAAGGGGAAACACAAACUUAUGGUGAAAUGACGAAAGAAAGAAAAAAUGAGAUAUCCUAUCGUCGCAAGGCUAUCGACAAAAUUAUAAAACAUUUUGCAUGA